UUUUACACUCCAUGUUUCCUAAAAUGAUUUUCAACCAAGAUGCUCUCACUUGGUGAAGUAGCAAAACCAGCAAGGGCAUUAGCGAAAAGGGGACCUAAUUGUUGUAGCUCUGAUGUGAAAAUCACUACUGUCAUAAGUGUUGUUGAAAAGGAAGUCAGGAAGGUAUGGUUCAGAUUCUAAAAAACACUCUGCUGAGAAAAUAUAAUAAAUAAACAAGAGUGGUAGUCAUGGUUAAAUGGUUUCUGUGUCAAAGUCAGCGAUGAAUUCAACCAAAGAUGAACAUUCAGAUGAGACUCCUAUUAGAAAUUGGAAGAGAAAACAGUCAAACACCUUCAACGAAAAGAAAAUGAGUUUAAUACAAAGAAAUAUAGUGAAAAUCUUGUUGGAUUAUGGGUUGAAGUUUAGUAGGCCAUGGAUAAAAUGUGGAAGAUGGGAAUGAACUUGAUAUGCUAAGAAAAAAGAAUGGUGUAUUGGACAAUGAAGUUUUGGAGUUGAAAGAAAAAAGUGUGGAAGAUGGCAAUGCACUUGAUGUGCUAAAAACAAAGAACUGUGAGCUAGAUUCUAAUGUUUUGGAGUUGCAGAAGUUGAUUGAAAAGUUGGUGGAAGAUAGGAAUACACUUGAAAUACACUUGACGUGCUAAAAACAAAGAACUGUGAGUUGGAAUCUAAAGUUUUGGAGUUGACAAAGUUGAAGGAAAAGUGGCUAGAUGAUAGUAAUGGUUUUGAUGACCUUCGAAACAAGGUAUUGGAGGAUAAAAUGGUGGAAGAUGGAAAGGUAGUUGAAGAGUUGGAGGAGUUGAAGGAAAAAAGGGUGGAAGAUGGAAAUGCACUUGAUGUGGUAAGGAGAAAGAAUGCUAAGUUAGAGCAUGAAGUUUUGGAGCUGAAGGGAAAAAGAGUGGAUGAUGAGAAUGCAAUUGAUGUGGUAAAGAGAAAGAACAGUGAGUUGGAAUCUGAAGUUGUGGAGUUGAGGAAGUUGAAAGAAAAGUGGGAGGAAGAUAGGAAUGAAUUAAAUGUUAUAGUUUUGAAGUUGGAGAAGUUUGAAGCAAGCAUGGUUAGAUAAUAGAAAUGCUUUUGACCAGCUUCAAAUCUAGGUUGGUAAAUUGGAGGAAACAGUGACUGAGAAAUUGGAAACUAUAAGUGAUUUGGAGAACAAAAAUAGAAAAUUGGCGGAUGAAAAGCGCAAAGUUGAGACCUCACUUGAGUUUUUGAACACGAAGUUCAAAGUAUUGCAUGAAAGUGUUGCACGGUUGGAGGAUGAUUCCAAACUUUUGGUGAACUUAGCUGCCUCUGGUCGAGGAAACAAUGACGGGGAGCCUCCUGCUGCUGAACCUAUGGUCACUGAUUUUGAAGAUGAAGACGAAGAGGCUUCAUCAGAGUCUGAAGUUAAAGGUUCAUCACCAGUUGGUGGAAGAUUGAAAUUGAAAAAGGAUAUGGAGGUCAUAAACCUUGACAACGAUCAGUGCAUAUCUCGAGGAGUACAUGAAAAGAAGUCUUUUUCUGGAAUUGCCGUGAAGAAUGAGCUUCCAAAUUCAAGUUCAUCAAUUGCAGUUCAACAAAAACCAAGUUUGCAAAUGUUGUUGACACAGUCAAAAGAAAAUAUUCUUUCACCGACAGUGAAACCUCCACUUCUACGUCCUCCGAUGAUUUAUUGUAUCUCGAUAUUCUUACUAUAAAGUCUGUUGUAUCACAAGAAAAAAAUAAAAAAAUGUAGUCCGGCAUUCCAAGAUUGAAUUAUUAGCCAAUGUAAAACAUGCUGCGACAUUAUAUAUAGUAUAUCCCAGUUAGCCAUGACCUUUUGUUAGGUUUUAUUGAGAAAUUAACUCACCCUUAUGUCAGUUCU